AUGGAAAUAUUUCUUAAGAUGCAGCCCCUCACUUUUGCUGGAAUUAGUAGAGACAUCUUACUACCCGUCAAAUGGGUAAAAGAAAUGGAGAAGGCCUUCGAGUUUCUGAGCUGUAAUGAAGAACAGAAACUUAUAUGUGCUGGAUACAAGCUCCAGUACGAGGCAGAAGCUUGGUGGGAAACUACUAGGCCUAUUUUGGAGGCAGCACACCCAGUUAUAACAUGGGACAUCUUCAAACAGGCCUUCUUUGCAAAUUACUUUCCCACUAGUGUAAGAAAGAAGAAGGAGAUAGAAUUGGCAGAGCUAACACAGGGACCUAAGUCUGUGUUAGAGUAUCAACAAAAGUUUGAAAAGCUUUUCUUCUUUGCCCCUCCUCACCUAAGUGAUGAUGAAGCAAAGGCACAGGAAUUUGAGGACGGAUUGAGGCCACAGAUUGCCUCUAUAAUGGCCACCAGACUGACUCAAGGUUACUCAGAAACUGUGCAAACCGCAAAGAAGAUUGAGGAUAAGCAGAGGGAUGCUUAUCAUGUUAGUCAGUCAUCCGGCAAGCGAGCAGCCUCAUUCUUUGAUAGAGGAUUCAGUAAGUUCAGCAAAUCUUCUGGAUCUAGUGCAGCUCCAGCCUUGCCACAGAAGAGUCAGUCUGAGUCAACAGUGUCUGGACCAGUGUAUGCAAAUCCUACCACCAAGGCAACAGAUGCAGCAGCUCCAGCAAGUACCAUUCUCAUCUGCUCUACUCCUGCAUACACAUUAUUUGAUACUGGAGCGACGCACUCCUUUGUGUCUCCGUCGUUUGCUAAGAGAACUGGUGUGUCACCGAAGUGUUUGGCAGAGGGUCUAACAGUAAGCACACCCACUUGGUCAAGGAUAGACUUGAACACGUUGUAUGAGCCAUGUGCUGUGAAAAUUGCUGGUAGAGAUAUGCAUGGACAUCUGAUCCAACUCGAUAUGACUGACUUUGAUGUCAUAUUGGGGAUGGAUUGGUUAGCAGCGCACAAGACAAAUGUACUAUGUGCAGAUAGAAAGAUAGUAUUCCAGCCUAGAGGCGAAAAGGGAUUCAUCUUUGUGGGUGAUAAGAAGAAGAAACUCAGAAAGAUGGUGAUUUCAGCCUUAAAGAUGAAGACGAUGUUGAACAAGGGAUGUCAAGGAUACCUUGUGUCGGUUAUGGAUACCAGGACGCAAGUUAGGCCUAUGUCUGAGAUUCCUAUUGUAGGAGAAUUCCCUAAUGUUUUCCUUUAA